AUGAAUUUUUCUUUAGUAAAAAAUGUUUUAAAGUAUGCCUCUGGCUUCUGUUAUCGUACGAAAAAUGUAACGAGUAUGUGCGCUUCGUCAGUUAUUACAAAAGGCUUUCAUACAACUCCUUCUAACAGUGAUUUGAUGGAAUUUUUCGACAUUAAGAAAAAUUGGAAUGAAACGAACAUACGAGUUGGAAGAGCUUGGAAAUUGGAUGAAUUAAGAAUAAAAUCCAAUGUCGAUUUACAUAAACUAUGGUAUAUAUUACUAAAAGAACGAAAUAUGCUUUAUACUAUGGAACAUGAAUGCUACGAAAAAGUGCGACUGUUUCCUAAUCCUGAAAGAAUUGAUAAGGUGCAAGAGUCAAUGAACAAUAUUGAAACUGUAAUAAGAGAACGUAAUAUUGCAUAUUACAAGCUAGAAACAGGUGAGACUGGAGAACGCCCUGUUGAAGAUGUAGUGAAUAUGUUUGGUUUACCUGAAAAAUAUAAGAAACAAGAGUACCACAUACCACAAUUUAUGAACAGUCGUUGGGUUAGACCUUAUUUAGAACAUGGAUAUAUUAACAGUCUUGCAGUAAAGAAGUUUUAUCGGUUAUAUAAGGAAAAACAAUAUAAUGAAACAAGAAGAGCUCGCAAUAGAAAUUUCAAUCAUGUUCAACAUCUCCUGAAACGCUUUCCAAAUAUGGAUUUGGAAAAGUUAAAGGCAGAAUACCCUGAUGUCGAUAUUGAAAAAGCUAAGCAUACAAAGAAAGCUAGGGGCCACUUUUUGCCUAAAUAUUAA